AUGAAUCUGAAUUGUAUUUUUGGUAACCUCUGGGGAGUAAUGGCAGGAUGGCAGGUACUAGCAGUUAUCCUGUGCGGUGGUGGAACAGUUGUUUCCUAUACAUCUUCAAUUUACGGUGAAUUUAUUCCAAUUCUUUCGCUCAGCAUUUGCUAUUUCAUCAUUUUCAUUACGAACGUGUGGUGGUGGCCCCACUCUGAUAGUCCGUGGUGGACUUAUUUCCUUGUAGCUCUCUGCUGCCUUGGUGGAGAUGUUUCAGGUAUUUUCGCAUAUAACUAUACAUCACUUGCAUCUGCAAUGCUUUUAGUCACAACAGUUAUCUUUUGGGUUGCCCCUAUUGCUUACUUUGUUUUUGGCAGAAAAAUUAAUUGGAAACAGUUUAUGGCGAUGAUCCUUGGCAUUACAGGCGUAUCAAUGGUUAUGGUUGCUCAAGGAUUAGCCGGUAGUAAACUCAAAGGAAAUCUUUUGGCCUUAACAAGCGCAAUUUGUUACGCAUUCGCAACAAUUUUACAAGAAAAGCUUGUCAAAGAUGACAGCAUCAGACUCUAUCUCAUCAGACUUUCUCUUUCUGCGUUACCAAUUUCAUUAAUUUUAUGCGGCUCAUUAGAAUGGAAAACCAUUCGUGAUUACAAAUGGGAAGCUAAAUCUAUCUCUCUUACACUCGGUUACUCAGUUCUUUUGUCAUUAUACUACAUGUUAUCACCAAUAAUUAUGCAAUACUCGAAUGCAACAGUUAUGAACAUCUCAAUGUUGACAUCCAACUUCUAUUCGUUAGCAAUUGAUAUAUUUUUCUUCGGAACUCAUGCAAGCUGGCUUUAUUUAGUCGGAUUUAUGUGCAUUCCUGCAGCUGUUUCUAUUUUCGUGUUAUCAGAGCCAAAGAUAAUACAACAAUAUGAUCCAAACCCUCUUCUUGUUGAAGAAAAUCUUUCAAUGAAGAAUAUUGAGGAACCAGCUCUGACUUGA